CGUGCUAGUGGGGAUAUAGAAGUGCUUAAUUGAAAAAGUGUUAUGUAUAUAUGGUUUGUCGCAAGGUGAAUUUGUUAAGAAGAAUAUAUGCUCGAUUGUUGAGUGUAGUGUAUUAAAGUGCUUAGGAUGGUAAGUCACUAUUGCUAAAUUAUCUUACCCGUCCCUUAGCCUGCAUUAAAACCAGGAAAUACCUAAUUAAUCCUUGACUUGGCUGGCUUAGAUUAGUAGAGAUAUACACUAUGCGCAAGCUUAUGGUACGACUACGGGAUGCACAUGAACUUCUUUGUGAGAAUGAGUGACUUUUUUCGGUUGUGUGAUGUCCUUAAACUAUGUUCAAAAUUAUACUUGAAUGUGUGAACUACUUUUAUAAUCACUUUGUUGAUCGUUGGUGAGGGCACAUGGUCUCAUGAUGGAUUGGUAAUGUUGUUAACUUCUCUUGUUGGUGAGUGCGUGAGUAGAAGGUUCUUAGUGGUAACGAGUCAGCUCUUGAGAUAUGGUGGUUAUGGGUAGGUUGUUUGAAUUUGUUGAAUUGAAACGCUUAUACUUUGGCAUUUUAAUACGGGAAUAAUGUGAGUUUUGUACGCUUAUGCUUGAUUGUCAGUAUCGAUCAUAGUCAAGGGUAGAGUGUAUUAUUGAAAUUGAGUUGUUCCUCCACAGUUGAGGUGUAAGUUGUUGGGGUAUAGUUGAGAGUUAGAGUGCUCGAGGGCGAGCAAGAAUCUAAGUAUGGGCUGUUGAUAUUCGGCUUAAUGUAUAUAUAUUUAUAUGCAUAUCGCCUCGCAUUAUGCUCAUAUUUCAUGGCUUUUGUAUGUGUAAUGUAAUGAUUUAUACUCAUUCGAGUAUUUUUAUGUGUAAGAAUCAUCCGGAAGUGAUGUGGGACAAAAGGCACAAGUUGAAGCAAAAAGAGAAGAAGGCGAAAAAAAUGCCCAGUCUAGUGCCCAGGACACUGUGUCGCGCUGCCUAGGCGCUAAAACCAGUCUCGAAAAAUUCUGGGCAACAAGCCUUUGUCUGCGGCGAGAUUAUAGUUUCUCAGAGACAAACUAAAUGACAAGUCCACCUUGACUUUGCAAGGGGAUUGUUAGACCAUCCUGAUCUUCUCACCAUUUGAAUUAGAUUCUCUUCAUAAUGAUAUGGGUGUAUAUAUAGUCAAAUUUUCCUAAAUUAGCGACGAUGCCUCUUCACCAUAGACAAGGUAAAUGCAAGGUCCACCUCUCUUUCUAUCCAUCAUUCUGAAUCUGUUCUUAGACAAUCAUUCUGUGUCCUCUAGGAGUAUUCAACUCUGACAACAAAUCUUUGUCAAAAAAUACACCACCCACCUUAGUCCCCCCUAAACACACACCAUGACACACCUCCUAAGAAAAAAAUCAGAGAAAUUCUCUCUCUAUUUACAGCGGCACAUUGUUUCUCCACAAUUAUGGCCGCUGUCCUCUUCCCCCACCUUCUUUCCUUAGUCUUUUUCCUCCUUUUUCUAUCACAUCCACCUCCUUGUUUUUCCAUUGGAGAUGAUGAAGCCCUGGUUGAAUUUAAAGAAUUGUUAACAAAUACCUCAGCUCUUGAUUCCUCAUGGAAAAAAGGAACAAAUCCUUGUGACAAUAACAAGAAAUGGGUUGGUGUUCAAUGUGAAAAAAAUGUUGUCCAAGGCCUAAUUCUUGGUGGAUUUGGCCUCUCAGGGGAUAUUGAUGUUGAUUCAUUGGUUAGGCUUCAAGGCCUUAGGGUGCUCAAUCUUGCAAACAACUCUUUCUCAGGGUUCAUUCCUGAAUUUUUUAUGCUUGGUGCCCUUAAGUCUCUAUUCAUUGAUGGGAAUCAGUUUACAGGGGAAAUCCCUGGAAAUUUCUUCUCCAAAAUGUCAUCUCUCAGGAAAGUCUGGCUUUCGCGAAACAAGUUUUCAGGGAAAAUUCCUGAUUCUUUAGCUAGUUUGAAAUAUCUUUUGGAACUUCGCCUGGACAAUAAUGAAUUAUCAGGGGCAAUUCCAUCUUUGUCACAGGGGACUCUGAUAUCAAUCAACCUGUCAAAUAAUAAAUUACAAGGCGAAAUCCCACAAGUUUUGUCAAGAUUUGGUUCAGACCCCUUUCAAGGAAAUCCAGAGCUAUGUGGACAACAAUUAGGGAGAGAAUGCAAGGCUGCAGCCUCAGGGGAAAAAUCUGAAGGUUCCAGCAUAAAAUGGAUAAUUAUAGGCUUAGUGGUUGUUUUGUUAUUGGUGGCUAUAUUUUUUAAGACAAAGCGCAGGGAAGAUCAUUUCGAAAAGCUUGAAAAAGAGAAUCUUGAUGAAUCUGUGAGCGUGAAUAUUCCAAGAACAAACAAGAGAAGCAUGAGCUUGUGCAACUCCAUGCGCUCAUCAAGGAGAGGACGCUCGCGAAGUGGCAGCGAUAUGGGUGAUCUUGUGGUGGUAAAUGAAGAAAGAGGUAUAUUUGGAUUGCCUGAUUUGAUGAAGGCAUCAGCUGAAGUCCUCGGGAAUGGAGGAUUAGGAUCAGCUUAUAAGGCAGUACUGGGAAAUGGUUUAUCACUCGUCGUGAAGAGGUUGAGGGAGAUAAAUAAAUUGAAUAAGGAAACCUUUGAUACAGAGAUCAGAAAGCUUGCCAAGUUAAGGCAUAGGAAUUUAUUGCAACCAUUGGCAUACCAUUACAGGAAAGAGGAGAAGCUGGUGGUGUCUGAGUACAUUCCAAAAGGCAGCCUGUUGUAUUUGUUACAUGGUGAUCGCGGCAUAGCACAUGCUCAGUUAAAUUGGCCUACACGCCUGAAAAUCAUCCAUGGAGUUGCCAAUGGAAUGAAAUUUCUUCAUUCUGAGUUUGCAUCAUAUGAUGUACCUCAUGGGAACCUUAAAUCUAGCAACAUUCUUCUUACUUCAAAUAAUGAACCACUUCUCACAGAUUAUGCUUUUUACCCACUAAUCAACAAUUCACAAGCUGUCCAAUCCCUUUUUGCUUAUAAAUCUCCUGAAGCCAUACUAAACCAACAAAUCUCGCCAAAAAGUGAUGUCUAUUGUCUUGGAAUCAUAAUUCUUGAAAUUCUUACUGGGAAAUUCCCGUCACAGUAUCUCAGCAACCAAAAGUGUGGAACCGAUGUUGUGCAGUGGGCGCAGUCAGCAGUUGAAGAGAAGAGAGUAUCAGAACUGAUUGAUCCACAAAUAGCAACAGCAAAAGAUUCUCUUGAAAAGAUGGAGACGCUCCUUUAUAUAGGAGCUGCGUGCACUGAAAGCGACCAUGAUAAGAGAAUUGACAUGAAGGAAGCGAUAAGGAGGAUUGAAGAGAUAGAAAGUUAAUUUGAUGGAUUCAACUUCUGAAAGGUGAUUGGUUAGCGGGAGGCUCAAUUUCUCCGGCUAAUGAUCAAUGCAUGAGCUCUACAAAAAAUUAGUUGGCAAAGUUCUUGUUUAUAACUCUCCAUGACUACACAGUAGAGCAUCAAGGAAGCCCCGAGACCGAAAGGAUUUGUUGUAAUAGGAGAGUGAAGGAGCUUAAUUUCAUUAUGUGUUUUAUAUGUUACAUGGAUGCUUCAUUUGUUUAGAAAUAUCUAUGUCAAACUGGUGUGACAUGGUUGCGGAUUCUUCACAUGCACUACAUGUUAGUAAAGCUGAAAAUAACUCUAUGAAAAAUUACACACUCAUAUCGGAUACUAAUCAUUCAUGAGACCAUGUAACAUAAAGCAACUUCAACUUUUCUCUCUACAGUUUAUUGUAUUCAGAUCACCAAUGCAGAUAUUCUCUA